AUGUCCUUGAGAUUGGCACUGUCAGCACAGUGCAUUAAGGACUGUAUAUCUUUUGGUUCUGCUGUCAGAAUUUAUCGUAUUAAUUACUUCUCCACUUCAUUAAAGCUACCACAAUCUGAUACAAGUGGAGAAAGCACAACCCCAUGGUAUUUGAGAAAAGAUAAUACGUCAAAGUUGGAGCCUCUCACUCACGAAAAGUUUCCAGAACUACCUAAUGAUGCUCCUGAAAGUGUGGGAAAUCUUGUUGAGUUGCUCGUGAAGAAAUAUGGGCUCACUAACUUGAAAAUAUAUGACUUGGCGUCUCUUCCGUUGGAUCAUCCAAAGCAUGUGGAUGAACAUUCUUCGGAAAGAUUCACCAUCCUCGCCUCGGGUAAGUCAGAGAAACACAUAUACAAAGCCUCAUACGAGUUGAAACAGCAUAUAAAGCACGAAUUUGGCUAUUUGCCACGUCUUGAAGGUAUGACGUCAAACUCUAUAAGUUCUAGAACCCGUCGAAGACUAGCAAAAAGAGCUAGACAAGGUCCACCCGCAACCCAUAACGAUUUUGGUAUUGGUGCCAACCUGUGGGUAAGGUGUGAAUUGGGCGUCGGCGGGGCAGUGGUGCAUAUCUUAAGUGAUGACCGUAGGUUGGAGUUGAAUUUGGAAUCUUUAUAUGAGGAAGAUGCGCCUGAACAAAAUUUUGUUCCUGAGCCACCUAGGCGAAGCUAUGAAGAUACAGAGAGUGUCUUUUAUGGCUUGCGCAAGCAUCUUCACACAUCCUCGAUGCUUCACAACGUUGCUGCUUUGCGUUCAAUCGCAAAAGAUUGUACAGGGGAAAGGUCAGAGAGAAGCCUUGCACAGUACAAAAAUAGCUUUGAUUCAAAGUUUGCAGGUUUCACAAUAGAUGAAUGGUCUGAGAAAUUUGCGUUUUACAAAACGUUGCACCUUGAAAAUCCACAUCUUGUGACGUUCACUGAUGUUGAGCAAUGCCUAUUGAGUAAACACUCUUGCUUAAAGUUAUUGGGUGAAGCGGCUGAUUGGAACCAAGAGAUAGUGCAUGAUGUGAUAAAAUACAUGGAGCUAUUGCUAGAUACGAGAGAGUCCAUUACAGGAACUGAAAAAUUUGAAAGACUUUCCAUCUUUAUUUCCAAUAUCACCGCUUUUUCAAGAGACGAGAUUCAUUUCUUUGCGGUGGACAAGUUUCAAGCCCUAUUGUGGUCGUUGACAAGUGAUGAGUAUCUUCCAAUCGAUGCUGCGCGUUUGCAUUCCAUUUUGCGGACUGGAGAAGGUUUAUUACCAGAAACGCACCCCAUCGCACAAGACCCGAAAGCUGCGCAAAAUGUGAGAGAGCUUAUAAGAAGUAUAAACUUCUCCAAGCGUGGAGCUGUUCCAUUAUGGCUUCGAGAACAAAUGUUAUAUACAUAUGCAAGUACAAGGAAUUGGAGUUACUUUUGGAAAGAGUGGGAUAUGAUUCAACAGAGCUUAAAUACCGCGUCGCAACUUUUGCAUAUGCAAACAAAAGUCAUCAUUCUUCUAGCAGUCAUCAAUGAUAAGAUAGCAUUGCGUGACUUUUUCUGUAAAUUUUGGGACAAAGGAAGCAGUUUUUCAUUUAUGGAUCAAUGGGAAAAGGUUGGCGCUCUGUUAGACACGAAACAAGAGAAGAUUGCUUUGAAGAAAGCAUUAAAUAUGAUUCAAUCAAAUCAUGGCUCUAGUUCUUGGUUUGAAAAUGCUCGUAUUUUCGCUACCACUUUGUAA